UCUAGCCCUUUGGGAUUUCCAGUGGAGUCUUAGAAGCAACCGAAGCAGCAUGAAAGGUCCAGCCACAAUUUGAAUGCCCUGCCCUGCAGCUCCUCUGGACCUCGGAGCCCUAAGCCCUGCCCUCACCAUUCACCAGUUGCUGCUGGUAGCUGCGGAGUGCCAGGAUUCUGAUGCAUCAUUUGCUUGGAACCUUUUUGCUUUCUCUCACUCCCUGGCUGGAGCUAGAACCACCACCCUCCUAGCUAUGCACAGAGGAUCUUGAUCUGAUAACAGAGUUUUCUCCCCAAAGUGCCUUCUGGUCUACUAACCGAGAGGGUUGGGCCAGCUCAUUUUGGAAAGAGUUUAAAAAACGAAAAAAAGCCUGAAGACAAAAAAGAUUGCCUAUGGUUUGUACAGCCAGAGAAACCAACCGAAGAGUUAAUCAGGUGUUGCUGUUUCUUUUGAUUGUGACGCUCUGUGGGAUUCUGUAUAAGAAAGUUCACAAAGCGAUGGUGCUCAAGAAUGAAGCAGAUGACGACUCUGAGACACCAGAGGAAGUGGAAGAGGAAAUUCCGGUGGUGAUCUGUGCAGCAGCAGGGAGAAUGGGCGCGGCCAUGGCUGCCAUCAAUAGCAUCUACAGCAACACCGACGCCAACAUUUUGUUCUAUGUAGUUGGACUCCGGAAUACUUUGUCUCGAAUACGAAAAUGGAUUGAGCAUUCUAAACUGAGAGAAAUAAACUUUAAAAUUGUGGAAUUCAACCCGAUGGUCCUCAAAGGGAAGAUCAGACCAGACUCAUCAAGGCCCGAAUUGCUCCAGCCUCUGAACUUUGUUCGAUUUUAUCUCCCUCUGCUCAUCCACCAACAUGAGAAAGUCAUCUACUUGGAUGAUGAUGUAAUAGUGCAAGGUGAUAUCCAAGAGCUAUAUGACACCACCUUGGCCCUGGGCCAUGCAGCCGCUUUUUCAGGUGACUGUGACCUGCCCUCGGCUCAGGACACGCACGGACUCGUGGGGCUGCAGACCACGUACAUGGGCUAUCUGGACUACCGCAAGAAGACCAUAAAGGACCUGGGCAUCAGCCCCAGCACUUGCUCUUUCAAUCCUGGUGUGAUCGUUGCCAAUAUGACAGAAUGGAAGCACCAGCGAAUCACCAAGCAGCUGGAGAGGUGGAUGCAAAAAAAUGUGGAGGAAAAUCUCUACAGCAGCUCUCUGGGAGGAGGGGUGGCGACCUCCCCAAUGCUGAUCGUGUUUCAUGGGAAACACUCCACCAUCAACCCCCUGUGGCACAUCAGGCACCUGGGCUGGAGUCCAGACGCCACAUAUUCAGAGCAUUUUCUGCAGGAGGCUAAAUUACUGCACUGGAAUGGAAGACACAAGCCCUGGGACUUCCCGAGUGUUCACAACGGCUUAUGGGAAAGCUGGUUUGUUCCUGACCCUGCAGGGGUCUUUAAGCUCAAUCACCACAACAGCUGAUACAACACGACGUUA